GAGCGGGGGGAGUGAUGGACGAACCUCCAUCCACCUACCUAGCAAUUGAUGUAUGGAAGGCUAGGGAAAAAUAUUUAAAGAUCAGCAAGAGACAGCAUUCCUACCCUCUUUCAUGAUCCUUUCUCCCUCUGAGGUACGCAUGUACUGUUAUUGUUCCUGAUAUGUGAUGUUGUCAGUGUGCAAGAGGAGAGGAGGAAGAAUGAAGCAAGCCCAGGAAAGCUCCAUUUCACCUCUCCACCAAACGCUUCUUGGUAGGAAAAUUGGCACAAAAGCUUCCCCCUUGCCUUACACCUUUAACUACCACUGUGACUAUUACCUAGCUCAUGAACAUGUGAGACCAGACAAGGGGAGGCUUGGGAAGGAGACACAGGUGCUGCCAAGGGGCUUGCGGGGAGCAUAAAGAUGAGGCCGGUCUUGGCAAUCGCCAUUCUUGCCACCACCGCUGCAGCAGUGCUCUUCCUUGGGUCUGAGGCGCAGGAGGUGAAGCAGGAUCACCAUACAGAGAGGAUCUCAGGCAGUGCCGGCGAUGUUCUGGAGGACGACGCUGUCGGCCGGCUCAAGGUCUACGUGUACGACCUCCCGGCCAGAUACAACACGGCGCUGCUGGAGAAGGACCCGCGGUGCCUGACGCACAUGUUCGCCACGGAGGUGUUCGUGCACCGGUCCCUCCUCUCCAGCGCCGUCCGCACCCUGGACCCCGAGGAAGCCGACUGGUUCUUCGUGCCCGUGUACACCACCUGCGACCUCACCGCCUCGGGCCACCCGAUGCCCUUCGACUCGCCGCGGAUGAUGCGCAGCGCGAUCCGCCUCGUCGCCGAGCGCUGGCCGCACUGGAACCGCUCCGAGGGCGCCGACCACUUCCUCGUCACGCCGCACGACUUCGGGGCCUGCUUCCACUUCAAGGAGGACAAGGCCGUGGCGCGCGGGAUCCUGCCGCUGCUCCGGCGCGCCACGCUGGUGCAGACGUUCGGGCAGCGGCGGCACGCGUGCCUCAAGGGCGGCUCCAUCACCGUCCCACCGUACGCGCCGCCGGCGCGCAUGGAGGCGCGGCGCCUGCCCCCCGGGACCCCGCGCUCCGUCUUCGUCUACUUCCGCGGCCUCUUCUACGACGCCGGCAACGACCCCGAGGGCGGGCACUACGCGAGGGGCGCCCGCGCGUCGGUGUGGGAGAACUUCCGGAGCAACCCGCUGUUCGACAUCUCGACGGAGCGCCCGGCGACGUACUACGAGGACAUGCAGCGGGCGGUGUUCUGCCUGUGCCCGCUGGGGUGGGCGCCGUGGAGCCCCCGGCUGGUGGAGGCGGUGGUGUUCGGCUGCAUCCCCGUGGUCAUCGCGGACGACAUCGUGCUGCCCUUCGCCGACGCCAUCCCGUGGGCGGACAUCGGCGUGUUCGUCGCCGAGGAGGACGUCCCGAGGCUGGACACCAUCCUCACCUCCAUCCCGGCGGAGGUGGUGCUGAGGAAGCAGCGGCUGCUCGCCACCCCGGCCAUGAAGCGCGCCGUGCUGUUCUCGCAGCCGUCGCAGCCCGGGGACGCGUUCCACCAGAUACUCAACGGGCUCGCGCGCAAGCUCCCGCACGGCGACGGCGUCUUCCUGAGGCCCGGGCAGACGGUACUCAACUGGACGGCUGGCCCACCGGGGGACCUCAAGCCGUGGUAGGUAGCUGGUAGCCGUCAAAUCGCCAUGGCUGAAUGGUGAUGAUGGGCUGCUGGCCAUCAGGCAAAUGGACUUUUUUUUUUUGCUCUUCUUCCACCAUAGAAGAUAGCUGCAAACUGUUGUGAUACGUACGUGAAUGUUCAGCGUAUGUGAAUGUCAUAGCCAAAACUUGCAGAGAUUUUACUCCUGGUGCAUGACUCAUCACAUAAUGUCCCUGCAACCACCUUUUCCAA